AUGGCUAUGACCAAAGUGAAAGCUUGGGCGGCUGGCACCGACUCAUUCCUUGGUUCUUUGAGAGCAGGCACAACUGCACACAGCGUCAGCCCUCGGGCUGUGUGGCAGAUCGGCAAUGUGUUCCAGUGCACCAUCCCUUGGAUUCAACGCUUCAUGAGAUACAACUACUAUUGCUGGUACUGUUUCUUUGAUACCUGGAACGACCGGAUGGAAGACUUAGACAAGUGCUGCAGGUUUCGUGCCAACUGCUAUGCUCAGGCCAGUAACAUGAAAAACUGUACCUUCCACUUAGGUGACCCGUUCAAGACCUUCUACUCAUACUCCUGUUCUGGAGCUGUGGUCACAUGUAGUGAUGAAAAUGAUGCCUGUGAGGACAUCAUCUGCAACUGUGACCGCCAGGCUGCCAUCUGCUUCUCCAAGAGUUCUGAAAACAAGGGCCUUGUUGGAGGUUAUUGUUAG